AUGAUGCCGGGAGAUGCGAAUUUCACGACGACCGCCUGUGGAGGCUGCGGAUCGGUGUCCGAUGAGGAUGAAGGCAUGUGGAAAGAGGAAGACUGCCAAAGCCAGAAGAAACUGGACGCAGAAUCUUCCAAAACGGGUGCCAAAAAGAAGAAGAAGAAGACCGACGACAACUCGGAUAAGUCCAGCGUGAAAUCCGACGGAAGGUCUGGCUCGUCGAUGGAACGUCAGCUCAAAGCUCUUGAAAAGGAACGGAAAAAGAAAAAGCAAGAGCUGAAGAACGAACGCGUUCUGAUGGAAAAGUGGAUGGAAAUCGACCUUCAAGAACAGCGGAUCGAAAUGGAGACCGAGUUUCGGGCUAAGGAAUUACAGCAGCAAAAACAGUUGUUGGAGAAGGCGCUGAAGGAUAAGCAAGAUCAUUUGGACUGGAUGAAGAAGAUGCGGGAGUCGUUCAAUGCAAGGAUGGAUCAAAUCCAGCAAAAGUUGUCCAAGCUAAGCGCUGGUGAAGAUGACAGAAAGGAAUCGGUGAACAAAGUUUCUGAUACCGUGAAACAGUCGACCGCGGGAGCUACGUUGAAGAAUCCGGAAAUACGUAGCCAAAAGCGAUCGGAGAAAACCAAGAAGGUCGAAUCGGAUGAAGAACAGGAGGAAGAGGAAGAUGAAGAGUCUGCUGAAUCUAGCAGCGACGAUGAAAGUGAGGAGCAGUCUGAAAGCGACUCGGAUGAGGCCACCGAAGAAGAAGACGAGGAAGAAGAACCCAAGAAGACGAGCAAAGAGAAGAAUAAGUCAGGAAAAGUUAGAUCUCACGGGCUGGGACAGUCUAAUGCGGCACCUUCUAAAGCGCAAAUGGCGGCCCGGAGUGGAAUCAGCAAGAGACUUCCACUAUUUACUUUAAAGCCUGAAGCAUGGCCGCUGUUUAUUGGAAGCUAUCAAGCCUCCAACGAUGCUUGUGGGUUUUCCGACGUUGAGAAUCUUGUUCGGCUGCAGGAGAGCUUAAAGGGUCAGGCGUUGGAAAACGUUCGAGGACAGCUACUGUUUCCAAAAUCGGUGCCGAAAGUCAUAAGCAAACGUCGUCAGCUGUAUGGACGCCCGGAACAGUUGCUACAGUGUCAGCUUGAGAAAGUGUGGCGAUUGGAUCCUCCGAAGUCCGACAAAUUAGCGUCAUACAUUCCAUUCGGUAAUGCUGUGGAGCAAUUAUGUGAGCAUCUAGAGGCAGCGGGUCUAGAGCAGCACCUGGUUAAUCCUCUUCUUAUCCAGGAUCUCGUCGACAAGCUUCCGGCCCACGAUAAGCGUGAAUGGGUUCGCUACAAAAAUCGGAAAAGAAAGGUGAACCUGCGUACUUUUACCGAUUUUGUGUCGAAGAUUGUUGCAGAAGCUUACGAGGCCAACGUGAAGAUGGAUUUCAUAGCAGAAUCGAAGCCAGUUUGCAACGAGCACGCCGGAAAGAGCAAAGCGAAGAAAAAGGGAGCUCAUUUAUACAAUCACAGUGCAGUGGAGAGGGCCAACCCCGGCGUCGGCGAGAAUCAUCCGAGAUCGUGCAAAGCGUGCAAGCGGACCGAUCAGCGUCUGCGAUUCUGCCAGGAUUUCAAGGCUUGGACGCUUCGGGACCGUUUGAAGUUGGUCGAAAAGUGGAAACUCUGCGUUGUCUGCCUCAAUGAUCACGGUAACGCUCCGUGCAAAUUCAAGAUCCGGUGCAACAUCGACGAGUGUCGCGAACGUCACAAUCCUCUAUUGCAUUCCGCCACCGGAUCCGUGGUAAUCAACGCACACUUUCGAACCACCAGUACCAUCAUGUUCCGUAUGAUACCAGUGACAUUGUAUUUCGGUAAGCGGUCGGUUAAUACGUUAGCGUUUCUGGACGAGGGCGCAUCAGUGACUCUGAUAGAAAGUUCCCUGGCAGAUCAGCUAGGUGUUCAAGGAACGAAGGAACAGUUGACCAUCAAAUGGACAGCCGAUAUCACGCGCAUGGAGAAGGGAUCCCGACGAAUGGACUUGUUCAUUUCCGGACGAGAUUGGAAGGAGAAACAUCAACUCGGCACGGUUCGAACUGUUGACGAGCUGCUACUACCGAAGCAAUCCCUAAGUGCGUCGGUGCUCAGUCAGCGGAUGAAUAAACUGCAAGGGCUACCGAUUGCUUCGUACGAAAACCAACGCCCGGGGUUAUUGAUCGGUCUGAACAAUCUCCACUUGCUUGCACCGACUGAAGCAAAGGUUGGUAAGCCUGGUGAGCCAAUAGCGGUGCGGUCCAAGCUAGGAUGGGCAGUGUACGGUCCAAAUGAGGUGCAGCUAUCAAAUGCAGAAGUGUAUCUGGGACAUCACGAUGAAGUAAGCAAUCAGAAGCUGCAUGAUCUGCUGAAAAGUCAGUACGCUUUAGAGGACUCCGUAGUGAUGAAGCUGGCAGAAUCGGAAGAUGAUAGAAGAGCUCGUGAAAUCUUUGAGCGGACCACCAGAAGAAUCAAGGAGUAUCAGCAGAAGGGCUAUGCGCAUCUGGCAAGUGCCGAAGAAUUAGAAGAAGCCGAACCGGGAAAAGUUUGGUAUCUUCCGCUCAACGUCGUCCUUAACCCAAAGAAACCGGGAAAAGUACGACUCGUGUGGGAUGCAGCAGCAAGUGUGAAAGGAAUAUCCCUCAAUUCCUUACUUCUCACAGGACCUGAUUUGCUGGUGUGUAUACUCACCGUAUUUUGCCAAUUUCGCGAACGACCGAUCGUUUUCGGUGGAGACAUCCGCGAAAUGUACCACCAGAUGCAGAUUCGUCCAGCCGACAGACGAGUGCAGCGAUUUGUCUUCCGAUCGAAUCCCAGAGAAGCACCUAGUAUUUACGUUAUGGACGUAGCUACAUUCGGAUCGAAAAGUUCUCCAUGUUCCGCCCAGUUCGUAAAGAACAAGAACGCGAUGGAGUUUGCAGUACAGUAUCCGGAAGCCGCCGCAGCAAUCGUGAAGAAACAACGACUACUUCGACAGCGUUGA